GACAUCCUCCUACAAGUCCUCGUCCCCUCGCUGCUCUCCCGUGCUCUCUACUCCAUCGCGCUGUACAUUAGAGACACUCUUACUGCUUGCUAGAACGAGAGCGCUAGUUCCAUGGCAGAUGCAGCGGCCUUGCUUCACUGGCUGCAACAGCUCUACCCACAUGCUUCCCUCGAUACCUUUGCAGACGGCAGUCUCCUCUGCACAUGCCUCUUCGAUAUCGAUCCGAAUGCUUUCAGCACACUCGCAGCAGACAGACAUACACAACAAUCCAGUACAACCUGGGUUCUGCGUCUGAAUAAGCUCAAACGAGCCUUCAAGCUCAUGCAACGCUUUCUCAAAGAAACAGGAGGCAUUCAACUACCAGAAACAGGCAUCACGCCUCAUCUACCAAACCUACAACGUAUUGCAAAAGAUGGUGCAGCAGCGAGUGAUUUGACAAAACUACUCAGACUCGUGCUGGUGGUUGCUGUGCAAAGUCCUCGGAAGGACGUGUAUGUCGAUGCCAUUGCACUGCUGAACACGACAGAUCAGACACUCUUGACACAGGCUAUUGAAGACGUACAGCAAGCGGGAAGACCUACUGCAUCAACAACAACGCUGCAGUCGCCAACACCGGCUUCACGCAGACUUGCAUCGUCAAGCACGCCUGGACCAUCGUCUCACGAAGCACAAAUCAGUGCACUCCAACGAACACUCUCUGUUCUUACUGACGAGAAUGCACAACUCAAAACAGCUAUUGCACAAGUCGAUCAAGAAGCAAACACCCAUGCAACAGAGGGAAUUACCCCCGAACAAGCACUCUUACAGCAUCAAUAUACAGAACUGAAGCGGUUCCUUGAACAAGCUGAGGUACAAAUCACAACACUCGAGGAAGAACGUGAAGAACAAGCACAGCAUGUCACUAAACUUGAACGACGCCUUGCAGAAACCGGUGGGAGUGCACAGCACGUCGCAAAGCUCUUGGAGGAUGUGGCAGAGAUGGAAGGAAUCAAGGAACAGUAUCGUCGUGUUGAGUUGGUCAAUGACAAGUAUAAGCGCAAACUAGAGGCCAUGACCGAGAUGCAGCAGAAGCUCAAGGAAUCGGAGGAACGUGCAACAAAACAAGAAGCCUACAUUGCAGAAUUGGAGAAGCAGACAGCGGGCUCAAAACGUCUCCAAGAACGAGAAGCCCAGCUCAAUCGCCAAGAAGCUCACAUGCAAGAACUCAAAGUUCAACAUGCACAGCAGCUACAGAUUGCCAAGGAGAUGCUCAACAAGUCCAGAGUCGAAGUUCAGGCAGCUGAGAAAGCACGCAUUAAAGCUGUUGCGCAGACAGCAGCUUUGGCAAAACGUAUGCAUUUGCUUGAGGAAACCAGCACACAAGCAUCUACGGACGGUACGCCACUCAGCGAGGAGAUGACGCAUAUGGAAUUAUCGGCUGCACGGGAACAGCUUGAUGCGUGUCAAGUAGACAUCGCCACACUCAAGAAAAUCAUCGCAUCGAAUGCGAAAAAGGAGGCAGCAUUACAACAGGCCCUGAUUGAAGCACAAGCUCGUUGUGUGGCACUGGAAAGCGAUUCUGCAACAGCGACCAAUCUAGACACAAACGAUAUUUCCCUGCGUGCUCUCUAUGCAGAAAGAAGCAAGCUACAAGCUCAUGCGCAAAGUCUAACAAUUAUGUUCGUUCACAAUUUUACGCAGCUUGAACUCGUCCUCAAUCGUCUACCAGAAGGAGAGCGUGAGCAAAUCAUGCUCGCGGCCAAGGAGCGUGUUCAAAAGUUUGUUGAUAAAACAGCUGUACACGUUGCAGUUAGCGAAGAGCUCGAAAGAACCAAGGAAGAGCUGACCGUUGCGAAAGCCAAAUUACGCGAAUGCACUGCACAGCUCGCCAAGCACGAUGCAGCACGAGGCGGAGCCAAUACUGCAGUACAAGCACUGAUUGCCGAUCUCACGGGCGAAUCCUCUAAAGACGCGCGUUCAUUGUCAGAGCAAGCAACCUACUACCAAAACCAGCUUGCCAAGUCUGAACGGCAAGUCUCCCUUGUCAAGCCACUCCUGAGACAACAAAAUGAUUUGAUUCGAUCAUUGCGUGUAGAGGUGGAAACAGCGAGAUCUACAGCGGGAGGUGAGCAAGUCGCCACAUUACAGGCAGCACUCGAACGCGCAAUUCAAGAGACGAAUCAAGUCAAGCAAGAGGCAAGGGAAACUGAAGCAAUCUUGAGGCAAGAGAAUGUCCUUGUUGCUCGAGCAUUUUAUGAUCUUUCAUCACGCUUGACGCAGAGCAACUUGUCAUUGCAGCGAACGCGAGCAAACCCUAGAUCCUUCUUGGCACAACAACGACAACUUCUUGAGCCUGCCCAUCGCGCAUAGGGAAAGCAAUUGCUUGCAGGUAGAGUAUGCUUUAUUAUGACUUUGUACACUAGUAAGGGGUGUUUUGGAUGGCAUCAAACCCAUUCUCUUGGUGUCUGUAAAGCUU